ACAAAUAUGUGCUGAAUCAGUUACAGAUAAUCAUGAACUUCUUAUUCAAUCAUUAUGUUCAUUUGCAUUGGGUUUAUGUUUAAUUUUUAAUAAUAAUCAAGUCGAAUCAUAUUCAACUGAAUCACUUAAACGAUUGAUAUAUAAUCGAAUGGGUGCAGAUUUAUUUGAAGAAAAACUUCGAGUAUUAUCAAAAUUUGAAUGUUAUCUUGAGGCUUUACAAAAACCACAACUAAUACUAUCAAAAUCAAGUGAUUUGAUACUUGAUUAUGAAUUCGCUCGUUUACAUCAAACUCUUGAAAGUUCUAUAUCAUGUAUUAUUCUCAGACAGGAUAUAAAUUCGAUAAUCCAAACAUCUAUUGACUCAAUGCCAAUAAAUCUUUAUGUACAACAGACAUCAACAACGAUAACACAUUCCGAUGAUUUUAUGCAAGAACGAUUUAAGCAAAUCAAUAUACACGAAAAAGAUGAAAAACAAUUGAUGCAAAACUGUGACCUGGAUAAAACAAAAAUUUUACCUUUUGCACAACAAAUACAAGAAAUCAAAGGUACACAAGCUUUAUGA